CUAAUUAUCACAUAGAAUAAUAAUGGCGAUGAAGGAGUGGUUCCGAAGGUUGCAGCCUGUGCAAAUCUACUUGGUAUUAUUCUUCACAACGGCCUACCUGAUCGUCGAGUUAAUCGUGAGCCAUUUCACUCACGGAUUGACACUUCUUGUGAACGCCUACUACAUGCUAUGCAACAUCAUCGCACUGAUCGGCUGCAUCGCGUCCAUAAAAUACAGUAAUCGCGAAAAUUGCAACAGCGAGGGACGGAAUUCGGCCGUCGUUAUAUCGGAUGAAAAUUCUACCGGUUCAGUGUCGUCAUCGUUGUCUGUGAAAGUGAAGCACGAAUCCCGAUCGGAACAAAGAAUGAAGAACACUUUCGGCUGGGCGAGGAUAAACAUCCUCACAAUGCUCGUCUGCUGCGUCUCUCUCGGUUCGUUUUGCUUCUCGAUACAAGUCGAGUCGCUCCAAACUUUGGUGCACAUCAACCACUUGGACGCCCUGCACCAUCCACUUAUAGUGUUCGGCGUUGGAGCUGCGGGGCUUCUGCUGAAUGCAUUUUGCUACAUCAUGAUCGGUGGAUACACGUUCUGCCACGGGAGUUCGCUUCAGGUUACGAAAAACGGAAAUUGGAUAAUGAAAAAAAAAAUCGCUCCGGCUUCCAUUCCCACGGGCGAGCAGCGAUUGGCUUCGACGGAAACGCAAAACUGUUCACCGGCAAUCAGAUUCCCAGGAAGACCAGGGUUCCGGGGUAUUUUUAGAGACGUGCUUGGCUGCGUUUUCGUUAUGCUCGACUCGCUGAUCGUCUACUACACCGAUCCCUAUGUCGCCAAAUUCGUAGACCCGAUAAUCGCCAUCGUGUCGUCGGCCUCUCUUUUCCUUCUCAGUUAUUCGUACAUGAAGGAAUCUGGCUUGAUUUUGUUGCAAACAAUACCAAAUCACAUAAACAUAAAAUCGCUGAAGAAGGAACUGCUCGAAGCUUUUCCGGGAAUAGUGAACGUCCACGAUUUACACGUAUGGCAGUUAACGGGUGAUAAAACAAUAUCUACGGCCCACAUAAUAUUCCUCAAUCAAACGGUGUACUCACGUAUCAAACACGAAGUGACCGGUUUCUUCGUGGAAAUGGGAAUAACGCAGGUUACAAUUCAGCCGGAAUUUCAAAAGAUGAAACCAAACUUGAAGAAGAUCGACUGUCUGAUCACAUGUCAAGAUAAAAAAUGCAGCCUGUCUCAGUGCUGCUCAAAAGAUAUAUCGCUCGACAGCGACUCCAGCUAUCCAACGAGCACCAAUCUUCAGGAGAUAUGCGAGAGCUCUGAAAUGGCGAUAUUCGUUCCAGCCUCACAGCAACCGAUAAGCUUGAAACGAUUUACCCCCCACGCUGUCCGAGAUUCCGGUGAAUCUAGUCAGACGGUUGGGAUUAGCAAUGAAGAAGGUUCGACAAGUGUUGAAGAAAAUUCAGAAAGUGUAACGAACACGAGCAAAGCAGAUGUGGAAAAGGAAACAUGCACGGUUGAUGUCGAAGUAACGACGGUGCUUCAAUCAGUUUCCGAAACUGUCGAAGUGGACUUGCAAGAAAAUACCGAAGAAGUAACGGUUUGAUUAUUUUUCUUCUUUUUUUUUGUUUGAUCGAAAAGUGUAAUUUUCAGAAAAGCUGGAACAAACAGUUGUUAAAAACUACGCCUAGAACAGACGGGUGAGUGAAAUUAUGAGCAACUGAUGAGAGAAAUCCCAGACUUGUUUGUGGAUUUGAUGAUAAAUCUGCAAACGCAUGACGGAUACAAUUUUCCAGUGAUUAGGAACAGGUCGAGCUGCUGGAUUUUAAAUGUGGAUCGAAGUACACUGUGCAAAAAUGCGCGUUGCGCAAACUUUCGAACGAUACAAUGUGUAGUGUUAAAUGCCGCAUAAGUAAGAGAGAGGAGCUAACGAUUUGCACGAAACGUUGGAUCAGUGCUAAUUAAGAGCUAAAUUAAUCGAUCAAAGCAGCGAAUCAGAUCUGCUCAUUCAUAUUGAGGUGGCGCAUCGCGGAUCGUACUUCGGUCCUUCUGCCUGUCAAAAACCAAUAUUUUAUUAACUUCUUGCAUUUGAUACUCGGAGUUACAAGUCCCAGCAUCGCGGAUCGCACUUCGGUCUUUCUGCCUGUUUCCGGCUUGUGGUCGAGAGUUACCUUAGAAUCCUUGCUCAUUAAAAUCAUUUUUAACUCUUCUCGUUGGCGAAACAUCGCAGAUUGUAAUUCAGUCCUUCUGCCUGUUCGACCCUUCGAUAUUAAGUACGAGAUCAUUCAAUCCGCGGUGGUGCAUCGCGGAUUUGCGAAUAUUACGUUACUAGUGUAACCUUAUUUUCUCGUUUAAUAUAAAAUCUCAUAUAGUCAGUAGGCCCUUGCAAAAUUAAGAAGGACAAAGCCGAACGCGAAAUUAUUAUGUAAUUAAUAGAAACCCAAUAGUGGAUGUGUUACCAUUUUUUUAUUAUUAUAUCUUCAUGUACUGAAAGUUCACUAUUAAUAAUUCCUUUUAUUUCAUCGAAUACUCCUAUGGUAAUAUGUAGGUAUUAAUUGUCCGAAUUAUUUUACCGAAUUAUUUGAUAACAGAAGGCAACUUAACCAUAAGUACUCAUCCAAUCCAAAUACAUAUAAUAUUGUCCGAAUUCCUAGACACCCAACAGUUACAUUCCUACCACACAUACGUCAUAAUUUCCUGAAUAAACGAAAAAUUGACAUAUUGCUAUAUACACAAUUGUUCGCCUUGUCUAACCAAUUUAUUGCCUACGCUCAUUUAUUUAUACCAAGAUAAUUCACUGCCCAUGGUAACGUCCAAACAUCCCGAGAAGGAACUCAUUGCUCUCCGUUUUACAUUUCCGCUUCGUUCUUUAGAUAUACUGCUAGAAAGCAAUUGUGCGUCCAACAAAACAUAACAUAUAUAAAUAUAAAGUGCUCUUGGCCGGAGUGUCACAAUAACUAUGUGAAUAUUAUUUUUUAUGGACAGUGUACAUAAUAAAGUAUUAUUUAUUCAUCGUUAAUAAGCUGGCUAUCAGAUUAACUGCUCCUGCUUUGAACUGAAGAUUUGCUACAAAUAGUCAUUAUUGUUCCGAUACGUGAAUAACAAAAUGCGAUAUGUUACUAAAAUAAGUUGACAUAAUAGCAAUGCCAUUUGUAAUGGAAAAUAUCUUUGAUAAU